AUGAGUGCGCUCAGCUGCAAGAAGCUCUACAAGAUGCAGAGCUGGAGGCAUGGAUUCGACAAACGCGAUAUUCUGUACUGUUGGAUGCGCAGAGACAGCAUCGGGCAAGGAUUCAGCGCGAGCCAACGCUGGCGAUCCAUAACGACGGCGGAUGGUGCGUUCCCGUAUUGCAAGCUGCAGCGACGCCAGAUCGAGGAUAUCCGCGACCUGUGGCAGGCCAUAAGCAACAUGGACGGCGCCGCAGGCAUUUUCAUCAACAUGCACUGCAUCGAAAUCAACGUUCUCGAGGGGACAUUCCAGUUUGAUUCGUCGAUGCAGAGAAGCUUGAUAUUGCACGGAUUCGAUAAUGCAGCCGACCCUGUAAAGUAUUCGGGCAUUGUAGGCGGAGCUGUGCGGCACCGCGCGGUCGCGUUGUCGAUCCUGCGCGAUACUCGUCAGGCCUUGGAUGCAGUCCAUAGUCUCGCCAAAGCCGACACUGUGACGCUGACCGCGAUCUGCACAAGACCUUGA